GAAAAGAGUUCAGUGGGAAGUGUGGCCAGUUAGUCGAUGUUUCUGAUGAACCAGCAUUUCCCUGACCACUGAAUCCCUCGUCAUUAGCUUCACGUUGUCUCCUACUUGUUGCGGUUUGGAGCGCGCCCCUCGCGAGACUUCACUUUUUAAAAUUUACGACGACCUCGAGCACAAAUGUUCAGAGACAGUCUGAGCUGGCCUCUGAUUGGUCCUCAGGCUCUCAGCGGUACUUCAAAGCCACGAAGAGGCUACAACUACUACAGCAGUCCGAGGAAACGCACUCUCUUCACAGACAGUCGCACUGAGCGCACGCACACACACAAAUCUCAGUCGAAGAUAACACAGCGCAGACCAUGGCUGCUACACUGCUAGGGGAGGAGCCCCGGCUGGGCAGCACUCCGCUGGCCAUGUUGGCCGCCACCUGCAGCAGAAUCGGUGAACCCAGCCCCUCGUGCUCCCCUGCUCUUUCUGAUGGAGCUCCGGGACUCGUCAAAGGGUUUCACCCGUGGAGGGGUGGCACCCCGGGCACCGGCGGCUUGGGCGUCUGCCUCACCUCGCUCGGGGUUCCCUCAGGGACCUCCAGGAGCAGCGGGGCUGCAGUGACGGAGGCUUCCAGCGCUUUCUCGGUGACCACAGCGAACUCUCCUUUUGGGAACGAUUUUUCGAUGUACCAGACCGCUGUGUCAUCAGACAAUACUGUUAACGAUCCCACGCAUGCACAGCGGUCUAUGUUUCUGACCAAAUUUCCCUCCUCGGUGGAAGGCAUUGCGGGGAUAUACCCAAGGAUGCACGCGCAUCCAUAUGAGUCAUGGUUCAAACCCGUGGGAGAGGUCGGUAACGGGUCUUCCUCUUGGUGGGACAUGGGAACCAACUGGGUGGACGCACAGACCUCGGCCGGGUUACCCUCUCCUCUGAGCGGCUACAGCAGUGACUACAGCUCCGCCUUUAGCUCCGGUGCUUCUCAGCACCUUCUCCCCGCCACACAGCACCUGUUUGACGGCUUCAGGCCACCUGUCCCGGGUCCCUACACGGAGCCUACGACGACGGGGGCACAUGCGCUGACAGGAACCACCGUCGUCUCUCUGCCCGCCUCUACCCGCUCCUCCUCACGGCGCUACUCCGGCAGAGCCACAUGCGACUGCCCGAACUGCCAGGAGGCGGAGAGCAUUGGCCACGGGGGCACGAGCCCGCGUCGGAGGGGCCUGCACAACUGUCACAUCCCGGGUUGUGGUAAAGUCUACGGCAAGACCUCUCACCUGAAGGCCCACCUGCGCUGGCACACCGGGGAGAGGCCGUUUGUCUGCAACUGGCUCUUCUGCGGGAAACGCUUCACGCGCUCCGACGAGCUCCAGCGGCAUUUGCGCACGCACACCGGGGAGAAGCGAUUCGAGUGCUCGAUUUGCCACAAACGGUUCAUGCGCUCCGACCACCUCAGCAAGCACGUGAGGACGCACAGCGCGGAGGGCUCAGAGGACGGCGGGGAACCGGGACUCGGUAAAGGGAACAGCGACACGGACAACAGCCUCUCCGGUAGCCCGAGCCAGUCUCCCGGGCUGCACGUGCGCGAGACUGUCCAGACCACCGAGGCACAGAGAGCAGUGGAAUAAUUUUACAAAGCUAAAUAUGAACAAAACAACACGUGGACAUUUGGUCACACUGUACCAGCCUGUAUGGAGUGUGGUUUCCUGGACACCUAAAAACUGAGAUGGCACUUUAUCAUGAACUUCAGCUGUGGAUGAACACUGUCCUUACCUCAAAUGUUAUUUGUAGCCCUCUUUAAAAAUAAAUUUUUUACUCUACAGUUUACCACACUCGUGUUAUUUGAAGAUAUGUUAUUUAAUCUACAAACCGUCAUUUUUAAAUUUAAAAUUAAACAAGUAGCCUGUUA